CCUAUGUGGUACUGAUCAGGUGGUUGCAGAGCUUCAGCUCACAGCAACACAAUGCAGCUGAACAGGCAAGCACAGCCCACAGCCAGAAACAGUUCCGACUCUACAGAACAAGACGACCUUUAAGCUUUAAGUUUCCCGGAGAAAAUGAGAUGCUGAUGUUGAAGACGACACCACGGCUUUGAUGGAAUAUCAGAUAUUGAAAAUGUCUCUCUGCCUGUUCAUCCUUCUGUUUCUCACACCUGGUAUUUUAUGCAUUUGUCCUCUCCAAUGUAUAUGCACAGAGAGGCACAGGCAUGUGGACUGUUCAGGCAGAAACUUGACUACAUUACCAUCUGGACUGCAAGAGAAUAUUAUACAUUUAAACCUGUCUUAUAACCACUUCACUGAUCUGCAUAACCAGUUAACCCAAUAUACCAAUCUGAGGACCCUGGACAUUUCAAACAACAGGCUUGAAAGCCUGCCUGCUCAGUUACCUCGAUCUCUGUGGAACAUGUCUGCUGCUAACAACAACAUUAAACUUCUUGACAAAUCUGAUACUGCUUAUCAGUGGAAUCUUAAAUAUCUGGAUGUUUCUAAGAACAUGCUGGAAAAGGUUGUCCUCAUUAAAAAUACACUAAGAAGUCUCGAGGUUCUCAACCUCAGCAGUAACAAACUUUGGACAGUUCCAACCAACAUGCCCUCCAAACUACAUAUCGUGGACCUGUCUAAUAAUUCUUUGACACAAAUUCUUCCAGGUACAUUAAUAAACCUGACAAAUCUCACACAUCUUUACCUGCACAACAAUAAGUUCACAUUCAUUCCAGACCAAUCUUUUGACCAACUCUUUCAGUUGCAAGAGAUAACCCUUUACAAUAACAGGUGGUCAUGCAACCACAAACAAAACAUUACUUACUUACUGAAGUGGAUGAUGGAAACAAAAGCCCAUGUGAUAGGGACUCCAUGUUCUACCCAAAUAUCAUCUUUAAAGGAACAUAACAUAUAUCCCACACCUUCUGGAUUUACCUCAAGCUUAUUCACUGUAAGUGGGAUGCAGACAGUGGACACCAUUAACUCUCUGAGUGUGGUAACUCAACCCAAAGUGACCAAAAUACCCAAACAAUAUCGAACAAAGGAAACAACGUUUGGUGCCACUCUAAGCAAAGACAGCACCUUUACUAGCACUGAUAAGGCUUUUGUGCCCUAUCCAGAAGAUACAUCCACAGAGACUAUCAAUUCACAUGAAGCAGCAGCUGCAACUCUAACUAUUCAUCUCCAAGAUGGAAUGGUUACAAACACAAGCCUCACUAGCUCAACAAAAUCAUCCCCAACACCCAUGACCCUAAGUAUCACUAGUGGCAUGCCAAAUAAUUUCUCUGAAAUGCCUCAACAAAGCACAACCCUUAACUUAUGGAGGGAAGAGACAACCACAAAUGUAAAGACUCCAUUACCUUCUGUGGCAAAUGCUUGGAAAGUAAAUGCUUCAUUUCUCUUAAUGCUCAAUGUUGUGGUCAUGCUGGCUGUCUGAGGGUCUGCAUUUUCUGAAACUAAUGAAAGCACUCCUCUCUGAUGUACGGUUGGGAAAAUAUGUCCAUAUCUAACCAGUGAUUCGAGCUAUAUUAAGUAUUCAAGAAAGCCAGUCUUAACAUUUCUGACUCUGAUGUAAAUGAAGUAACUUGUCUUAAAUAAAAGAAAUGCACAAUGUGUUGGUACUUGCUGCUAUUUUACUGUCUUAAUUAAGUAAACUAAUGAGUUUCUUUUAUAAAAAAAAUGAAAUGUUUUCUUUUUAAGGCUUCAAUUUAUUGCACAAAAUAUAAAGCAUCUAAACUUUAAUAUGUAUUUUAUGUAUGUUUACACUGUCAAACAUCUGGAAAAUAAAAGGUCUAUGCUCA